ACCGAACUGUUCCGUAGCUUCAGCCUUUCCAAUUCCCGCCCCGAUCCAUCAUUGCGUUAUCAAUUCGCCACCGAACUCUGGACGACGACGACGACGACGAAAAUGCUGUCAGUUUCAUUUCGUAUCAUCGGAAGCGACAGAACAAGCGGACGAAAAUUGUGUGGGCAAAACCUAAUCCAAAGGUAACCCUAGUUCAAGAAAGAGUGGCCUGCAGAAGCCGCAGCUAAAGCCAUGGCCGUUUCGCCAUCUGCCCAUCCGAUGUGGAUCCUCUGGAUUUUAUUGGCGUUAGGGUUUGGAUGCGGGCGUACGGCGGCCUUCAAGGUGCCGUUUCGAGUGAAGGAUGCACUCCCGAUUCUCCCACGCCAGAUAUCCUGGCCGGUGAUGAAUAUCCUCCAUAGCGCGGUCGAUCUGCUGCCUGCUUUCGUGGGGUCCGUCGUUCCGGAGGGACAAGUUGUAACGUGGAAGGGGGCAUGCUUCUCGGAGAACGAGGCUCGACUUGAGUUUAGUGAGAGUGAUUGGGAAAACGGCCUCGGAGGGGGGGUUCUGUAUAUAAAGACUAGUUUAGCUCACAGCUGGGCUUGCUUGGAUCUCUAUGUAUUUGCAACACCAUACAGGAUAAUUUGGGAUUACUACUAUUCUGCUCGUGAACACACUUUAGAAAUAAAGUCAUGGGAAGAACCUGCAGAAAAGGAAUAUGUAAAACAACACGGCGUCUCUGUAUUUCUCAUGCCAUCAGGAAUGAUGAGGACAUUUUCAUCACUGAUCGAUGUCCUUCCCUUGUUUUCUAAUUCUGGUUGGGGUCAGAAUGCAAAUAUUGCCUUUCUUAAAAAGCAUAUGGGGGCUUCAUUUGUAAAGCGUUCACGUCCUUCGGUUUCUAAUAUUCGCGAGGAAGAUGUUCACACAGGAGACUUUUUGGCUGUGUCGAAAAUACGUGGUCGUUGGGGUGGAUUUGAGACCCUGGAGAAAUGGGUCACUGGUUCAUUUGCUGGUCAUACAGCAGUUUGCUUGAAAGAUGAAAUGGGCAAGCUUUGGGUUGGAGAAUCAGGGCAUGAGAAUGAGAAGGGAGAGGAAAUUAUUGCGGUAAUUCCAUGGGCUGAGUGGUGGAAGUUGGCUCGAAAGGAUAAUUCUAAUCCUCAUAUAUCUUUGCUUCCAUUACACCCAGAUUUGCGGGCAAAGUUCAAUGCCACAGCAGCAUGGGCUUAUGCUACGAGUAUGUCAGGAAAACCUUACGGUUAUCACAACAUGAUAUUCAGUUGGAUUGAUACGGUUACUGAUAACUUUCCCCCGCCUCUUGAUGCUAACUUGGUAAUGACCAUUAUGUCUAUGUGGACUAGAUUACAGCCUGCAUAUGCUGCUAAUAUGUGGAAUGAGGCCCUUAAUAAGCGGCUAGGAACUGAGGACUUAGACUUGCAUGGUAUUAUUGCCGAGACGGAGCGGCGCGGGAUGACCUUUGAUCAGCUGCUCACAAUUCCUGAGCAAGAUGAUUGGGUGUACAGCGAUGGCAAAUCAACAACAUGUGUUGCCUUCAUCUUGGAAAUGUACAAAGAAGCUGGAAUCUUCGAACCUCUAUCAAACUCAAUCCAAGUUACCGAAUUUACUAUUCGUGAUGCGUACAUGCUCAAAAUAUUUGAGAACAAUCGAACGCGUCUCCCCAGUUGGUGCGACGCCGAGGACGACGACCGGCCUUUCUGUCAGAUACUCGGAGAGUACCGGAUGGAGUUGCCACAGUACAACACCCUCGAACCUUACGCGAAGAUGAAUGAGAAUUGUCCCUCUUUGCCUCCAACCUAUGAUAGGCCUUUGAGUUGCUGAUUCUGUAUGUUGGAUUGCCUCAAACCUUCAGAUGGUGGUGGGGGCAACAUUCUAGCUAUCAGAAAACCACAAUUCGUUAGAGAAUGUAUAUGUCUAUUGCUAUUGAUGUGGUCGACGUCAAUAUUAUUAUUAAAAUGCUUUUUUUUUUCUUUUGAGAAAUUUACAUGUAUA